AUGCCUCCUCGCAAGCAAAUUGGAGUUCCAAGCACCGCGCCGACGCGUCGAUCAUCACACGUCGCUUCCAGGGAGGCCACGACUACACCGGAGCCCGCACAUCCGCCAAGCUUAAAAGCUACGAAGGCAUCAGCGUCAGCAACGCCAAAACCACCAAAGAGUUCGACAGUUCGCUACAGACCUCGCAGACGCAGUCCCCGCACACAGGCCGCCAUUGAGGAGGAGCUUGCCGGGGAGGUUCAGGAUGCCGCCGCAGGUCAAGAUGCUUCAGAGGAGCGGAAGGCUUCAGCCGUCGAUUCCUUUGACUGGAACACCCUGACCCGUGAAAAUCAGUUUUGCUAUGGCAACGAGGAAGAGCAUAUCAGCGUUGGAACAGGAUUCCAUUUGCUUGGAACGAAUAAGCAUAUUCCCUCACAAUAUCCCUCUCCUUACAACAUGCGUUUCGAGGUACAGAGUGGGAACUCCAAGAUCAAGAAGAGUGGGGGUGUGCGGAUAAUCGGCGGAGCAGACGGGAUCAAGAUGAUUCCUUUCGUCAAUAUCAAACAUGUCAUCAUCCUCCCAGAGCCCAAAGCCAAGAGACAAAAGAGCCACCGCGUGCUUAACGUGCCCACCGCCGCCACUGGCCUCUCCCCUAUUAAACGGAAGUACCCCAAGAUCAUCUCAUUCAGCCUGCCGAACAAGAAAGCAGACAAGGACCUCAUUGGAACAAUUGGUGAGGCAGCUGAUGCCAGCAAAGACACAUAUCUCUCGGUCUUCAGGAAGGUCUUCAACCAGAAACUGAAGCCAUUUGGCAAGUCUGUCAUUGGUGCUACGCACUUCCAAAAAGCUGGGAUUUGGGAAGGGAAGACGACAGUAAGGUUCCAGCUCAACUAUCAGCCUCACCAAAGGGCCGUCAGAGAUAUACCAACCAUUCCUACCAUUGGGGGGACUUAUCGAGCCACAUCAGAGCUAGGAGUGCGUUUUGAGGCCACAGCUACUUCCUUCGCGAGGGGCUACAAGUCGCUUCUUCUACUUGCCUACGAGAAUGGGGAACCCGCUGGUGUUAGGUACCUGAUCGAGAAUCUUUCUGAACCGUACUUUGCAGCCACCGCGGAUGCGAAGAAAGACGAGCAGAAUUCUCUGAUGAUAGGCUUUGACGGGCUGCCUGUGGAGCUGUUGGAUGAGUUGAAGAAGUGGUCAGAGAGAAAUAAGAUCAAGACGACGAGGAUGAACCUGGGCGGUCUUUCUACAACUAUGCCGGAAACACACCAGCGUCAGGCUUCAAGCCGCCGGUGCAAGAAGAACGCAAUCUGCGUGAACGUCUACCAGAAGGAUGACCACCCCGAUGCUAGAAGUUGCCGUUUGAACACGGGAGAGAUGCAACUUCACUUGUGCAUGUCUGAUGCCGACUUCGCCGCCGCGCCGUUGGAGUUCCAGCAGAGUACUGUCAAGAAUUUUGGGCGUGGUGUUAGGCAGGCGAAGAGAGAUGCUAAGCACAAGGUUACGAAGGAUGAUUUGAGGAAGGGGUGCCCGGGUUUUCAAGCUGCUUUGGCGAGAAAGCCUUAG